AGGAGGCGGCGGCGGCGGCGGCGCGCCCCGGCACCCGGCCCCGCCGCGGCAUGGGCAGCCGCGGGGUCGUGCGAUGAACGCUCCCCCGGCGGCUCCUCUCCGAGCGAAUAUGGGCACAGCCGUGUCCAAAAGGAAGACGCUGAGGAACGAGGCCAUGUCGUCGGUGGCGGCUAAAGUGAGAGCGGCUCGGGCUUUUGGAGAGUACCUGUCACAGAACCACCCCGAGGGUAGGAACGGCUCAGAUCACCUGCUGGCAGACUCCUACGUGGGGCAGGAGGACUCCCCCGAGGUGCAGCAGGCGGCGCAGCACAAGCGCAGGCUCUCGGUCAUCUCGGACGGCAAGUUCGAGCGGAGCUUCUCGGAGGAGCAGGCGGAGAAGCUGCCGAGCGAGGCGCCCAAGCCGCGCGUCUACACCAUCUCCGGCGAGCGGCCGAUGCUGGCGGAGCACGGGAGCGAGGGCGUGGAGCUGGUGGUGAUGAAGGGAGCCGCCCAGGAGGAAUGCCACCACGGGCACCAGGCGCAGGGCGCCGGCGGCUCGCACGGCCUCGGCAGGCACUGCAAGGGCUGGCCGGGCAGCCGCCAGGGCUCCAAGGAGUGCCCGACCUGCGCCCGCCUGGCUGCCCCUUCCCAGCAGUCCUUCGACCUGGAGCAGCACCCAGCGGGCGACGCCGGCUGGCACAGGAAGAGGCUGGAGAGGAUGUACAGUGUGGAUCGGGUGUCUGAUGAUGUCCCCAUCCGAACCUGGUUCCCCAAAGAGAACCUCUUCAGUUUCCAAACCGCUACUACAACUAUGCAAGCGGCGUUCAGGGGCUACGCAGAGAGGAAGAGACGGAAACGAGAGCAUGAUUCUGCUGCUGUUAUACAGAGGAAUUUCCGGAAGCACCUCCGCAUGGUGGGCAGCCGAAGGGUUAAAGCACAAACCUUUGCCGAACGGCGUGAGAGGAGCUUCAGCAGGUCCUGGAGUGACCCGACUCCCAUCAAAGCCGAUCCCUUCCAUGACUCCCGAGAAAGCCAUGACCUUCAGGAUUCCUGCGGCACUUUGGAUGGAGACUUCGACUUGAACUGGGAAGCAGAAAAGGAACUUGAAGCCAUGGCCUGUGAUGGAGAAGACUUUAUUCCACCAAAAAUAAUGCUCAUUUCUUCCAAGGUGCCCAAAGCAGAGUAUGUCCCAACAAUUAUCCGCAGGGACGAUCCCUCCAUCAUCCCCAUCCUCUACGACCAUGAACAUGCCACGUUUGAUGACAUCCUAGAGGAAAUAGAGAAGAAGCUCAACGUUUACCGGAAAGGCUGCAGGAUCUGGAAGAUGCUGAUAUUUUGCCAGGGAGGUCCUGGUCACUUGUACUUGUUAAAGAACAAGGUUGCCACUUUUGCCAAGGUGGAGAAGGAGGAAGAUAUGAUCCUCUUCUGGAAGAGGUUGAGCCGGCUGAUGAGCAAAGUCAAUCCUGAACCAAAUAUCAUUCACAUCAUGGGCUGCUAUGUUCUUGGAAACCCCAAUGGGGAGAAGCUAUUUCAGAAUCUGAAAAACUUAAUGAAUCCUUAUAGGGUUGCUUUUGAGUCUCCACUUGAACUAUCAGCUCAAGGUAAGCAGAUGAUUGAGACUUACUUUGACUUCCGCCUGUACCGCCUGUGGAAGAGUCGGCAGCACUCCAAGCUCUUGGACUACGACGACAUUUUAUGAGCCGCGGGAGGAAGUCGAUCGCCGGUGUCCAAGAAGUCGUGCUGAUGGCAGAGAGACUUUUUUAUUGGCACAGGGAGCCCUUCGAAGCCCUGAGAGGGAGCAGCAGUGCUCGAGGGAGGGAAGGAGGAGCCCUCGGGAGGGAAGUCUCCUCCUGGGUCAAAAGAGACUGGAGGGGAAAGGGUUUGACGCCUCGCUCGCCUCGGCUCGGAGCCCAGGCGCCUCGGGAGGAGCUGCGUGAAAGGAGGACAGGACGAGAGAUCCUUGCAGAACUGAGCUGUUUUGGGUCAGAAUGGGCCAAGAUUUGAUUCCAGGUCCUUUUAAAGACUUUUGAAGCUCAGGUUUUCUUACACAACAAAACCCCACCAGAAUCAGUUCCCCAUGCACUACGAUGACGUGAGCAGAGCACGGCGCGAGGAGGGACCUUCGGUGCUGGGGGGUGUCUCGGGAGAGCAAGGACUGCUGCACCUACUCCUGCAAGCUUAGCUCAAGAUCAUCCAGUUUCCAUGUGAAUACCUACUGGAGCAUAGAGUUGAAAUCUUUUUUGGGUUGUUUAAUAGCAAAUAAGUGCAAUUUUUACAGCGAGAGGCUGGGGGGUGGGGUGGGGGUGGGGAGGGAGGGUUUAAAUCCCUCCCAGUAUUUAAUUGGGAGGGAGGGUUUAAAUCCCUCCCAGUAUUUAAUUAGUUAAAAGUAUCACACCAGUAACCAAUAGAUGAGGUAUUUUUUGGGGGAGGUGGGGGGGGGGGUUCUGCUUGAAAAUAUAUUCAAGACCUGGGUAAUAUAUCUUCUGUAGACAUAUUUAAUCACCAGCAAACAUGGGGUUAAGGUAACUUAGCAGACCCUGCAUGUCUGCUGCUGUCCACCACAGUGGUUUGGUUGUUCCUUUCAGAGUAGCUGUGUUGCACUAAUCCCUACCUGCUCUCUUCCCCAUCCCUACCUGCUCUCUUCCCCAUCCCUACCUGCUCUCUUCCCCAUCCCUACCUGCUCUCUUCCCCUUCCCCGCUGCCCCUCACCUGUAUUUCUCCUCCAGUUAGACACAGCUUUGUUACUUCCUAUUUUUGCUGCUUUGCAAAACUUCCACGGGGCUUGAGUUUUGCUGCACUACUUUAGGUUAGAACCGCAGGGCCUGGCUGCUGAGAGGGAGCCUCUGCCAGGUCGGCUGUGGCGCGACAAUGAAUUAGCUAUCAAUAGCCAUGGUAAGUACUGGUCCGUGCCCGUGUGCUGCUGUGUGUGGAGGGGACCAGCUCUCUGCUCUGCCCUGUGGAGCAGCACAGCCAGCAGAAGAUGCUCCCUGGACUGAGGUGUUCGCAGGGGCACAGCACAGGGGGGAUGGAGCAGGAGGUUGAGUCUUCUCCGCUCGAUUGCUGCUUGUGCGUAACUCGCCUCUGAGCUGCUCGCCACCCUUCCUGGGUAGGGACAGGGUAAAAGCAAGAGGGUUGAGAACUCAAAACGAGUUGGAGGUCUUUUCCAACCCAAACAAUUCCAUACUUUUUGUUUUGGGAAGGGUUUUUUUUAUCUUCUGCUCUGCUGCUCAGAGGAUAAUCGGUGCCUGCAGCCUGUGUAGGUCACUCUGGCGGCUCUGGGAGCUGAGACCAGGUGUUUCUCAUACAAGCAAAAUACACUGGGCAGUAACCAGGAAGGAUUCCUUUGGUUUCCUGGCUUCCUGGUGCCUAAAAUCAGUUGAUUGUGAAGGAAAAAAAAAAAAAAUAGAUGUACAAAUCUUCUUUUCACUACUUAGAAGAAGAGCAAUUUGUUCUGCUCUGUAGUUACUCCUUCCCUGUGACUUACCUGUGGUUGUGGUUUUGGGGAGCAGGACUCCUGGCUGGAACUGCUGACCCCUGUACAUUUAGAGCAGUUUUAUAGCAAAAACUUGUGAAGAAAUAAUGUACAUAGAGUAAGUAAGAGGAGGACUGGGUAGGGAGAGAUGCUUUGAAGUGGCCGAAGGCAAGUGGGAGCUGUGGGGAGCUGCUCCGCGGCGCUGCCCUGACCUUGGGAGGUUUAGUGGCUGCCACUCAGCCCUGGCUGGACUCUUGUCCUCUUGACUCGGUCGUGUUCUCCAGGCUUGGGGUGCAGGGGCUAACAGACACUGGUCUGUGGCUUUUGGAGGGAAAUGCCAGCUAGCAUAGAGGGCAGGUUUGGUGGCAGUUCUCUGUUGUUUAGCAGGGUCGGUCCUGCCAGCUGCGCCUAUGAGAGGUGGGAGCCGCAGGCAGGAUGCGAGCCUGGGGACGUGACUUGGGGAGGGAAAGGGCAGUGGCAGGGUUAAAAAGCUGACCCCAAACUCUCUCCCUUUCUGACCCUUUUACCUCCUGUGGUUAUGUCCCUCACCUGAGGCAGACAAACUGUUCUUCCCUUCUCUUUUCUGAUGUAAACCCCCAAUCCAGUGAACUUGGUAGCAUGAAUGUAGCAUUGUGGAACUGUUGAAGUCGUAUUUAGCUCCGCAGGGCCCUGCCUGUGUAUCCACUGAGUGAUUCCCCUGUAGAACUAGGCUGUCUCUCUGCUCACUGACCACUUGUAGAGCUAGGGGUGCCGAGUAGAAAGGUAGGUUGUACAGUUGCAUAAGUCCUGUAGGAGGAGGUUCGGAUGAGCCUCAGGCUCUCGUCCCGGCGCAGCUGACUGCGGUCUGAUGCCAAACGCCAACUGCAUUCCUCUCUUUUCCAAAGAUCUCUGCUCCUCCUCGUUUGUGCUGUUUAUGACCUCAUUCUUUCCUGUGUAGCGUUCACUUGACUAAAGAGCUGAGAUGCUCUAAAAGCUGUGACUGGAGAGACAAUAGAAUUGUGAUGUUUCAA